AUGUUUGUGAUUAUUCGCUUUGUUGUUUCAGUUUACAGUCUAGGAUGUAUGGGAAAAAUUUGUCAGGGCAACAGAAAAAAUGAAUUGAUUGGGUGUAAUGGCGAGUUUUGUGGCGAUUUCAGGAGUAAAAGACGAGAUGGACAACUUUUGGAAGGCGUUGAUGUAAAGUGUUCGGCUCAAAAUGAAGUUUAUGCACCAUUUGAUGGUGACUUGUAUUUCUGGAGACCAUUUGGUAAUCAUGAAAACUAUGAAUGUGCUAAUGAGGGAGCACGAAUUGAAGGAGUUGGUCAGUGGCAAGGCUACUACGUGCUUAUCGCUUCAAUAUCGCUUGACAUAUUUGGUGGACGCGUGAGAAAAGGUGAGCGUAUUGGGACUGCAAGAGAUUAUCGCUGCAUAUACAUUGAUGAUGAGGGUGAUCCAUAUAUUAGAUUACAACUGUUUAAACAAGGACGACCUAUAGACCCUACUUUCCAUCUUCGAAACUGUAUGUGUACUGGACAAAUUUGUGAAUCAAAUCCCAAAAAUGAGCUACUAGGACAACCAUUCAAGCACGAUAGCCGAUAUAACGCAGUGCGCGGCUGGGACAUUAAAUGCCCUAAAAUUGAAAGUAAUGAUGAAGAAGAAUUACGAGUUCCAGAUAUCUACUCUCCAAUUGAUGCGAAAAUAAUCGGUCGAACUCGCUUGUACGCCAUUCAAGGUGUUUACACAGGUUGUGAUAACAAUGGUGUAGUACUUGUCGGGACCGGUGACUGGACUGACUACGAAGUUGUAUUAUACAAUGUACGCUAUCGGGAUCAACUACUUGGCUCCCGACAUGUCAAGCAAGGAGACUUGGUAGCUACUAGAUUGGAUUGCGAAGAUUCACCAGAUUCAGUUUUCAUGGAAGUUCGUUAUCGCGGUAUCGUUGUUGAUAUAAGCGAAAUGAUCUCAGCAAAAAUGUGUCGCAUGCCUGAAUUCUUGCUCAGAUAA